GCCAUACAGGAUUCCAAUUCUCGCUUCGUGUUACAUUGAUCAGAACAGAGAAUCUCUUGAUUUGAACAGUGAGAAUUGCAGCAGGAUUUCGGAGAAGUGGAGAGGAUGCAUUCUUUGAGCUUCAAGGUUUUUGGUGAUUUUAAUGCGGGGUCGAGGAUGAAUUUACCGGGACGAGGAAGCUUUUGUGUUCCGGAAAUGGAGGUCGGGAUGAUGAGGUGUUUUGGGGGUCGUCGAGCAUUUGGAAGAAAUUGUUGGAUUGUAGCAUGCGCUUCGGAGAGGAAUGGUGAUGGUGGAGGAAGUCAGAGCCAGAGUGCGAGUACGAGUCGGAGUCGUUCGUUUCUGUCUCGCAGUGAAACUUAUGCACUACUGAAGCAGCAAUUGGAGGUUGCCGCCAAGUCCGAGGAUUAUGAAGAAGCUGCAAGGAUACGUGACUCGUUAAAAUUAUUUGAAGAGGAAGAGCCAGUUUUGCGCCUUCGAGGACUGAUGAAGGAGGCUAUUUCUAGUGAGAGGUUUGAGGAUGCUGCUAAAUAUCGUGAUGAGCUGAAUGAAAUUGCUCCUCACAGUCUUUUGAAGUGUGCAAGUGAUGCGACAACUUUGGGUAUAAGGGUACAAGUCAGGAGUGUUUACAUAGAAGGCCGAAGCCAGCCUUCGAAGAAUCAGUACUUUUUUGCAUAUCGAAUUAGAAUAACCAAUAAUUCAAACCGGCCAGUUCAACUUCUCAGAAGACAUUGGAUUAUCACUGAUGCAAAUGGGAAAACAGAAAAUGUCCGGGGUGUUGGUGUUAUUGGUGAACAACCAGUUAUACUUCCCAAGACUGGCUUUGAAUAUUCAUCAGCAUGCCCAUUAACUACUGCUAAUGGUAGAAUGGAAGGUGACUAUGAAAUGAAGUACAUCGACAUUGUGGGAGAACAAUCAUUUAACGUUGCUAUUGCUCCAUUUUCUCUCUCCAUAUUAGGAGAUAGCACAGACGCUUUCUAAGGUGUAAACUGCAACCAAAGGUCAGCCAGGCAGAGGUUUUUUGGAACAUCAAGAGCUCUGUUGAUAAAGCUGUUUGCAGAUUUUGUAGAUAUUCUUUCAUUGGGGAUGCGAUAGACCAAACCUUGCCAACAAAUCCAUGAUAGUCCCAAAUGAAUAUGGAAAUGUUAGGAGUUUCUUUGUUUAUAAACUCCGGAGAGAAAUGUUGUAAAGAUCAACGUGUGUAUAGAUUUGUUGCCACUUCAAUUAUAGUAGGUAGACCCAAUUCAUUAUUUUGAAAUUGAACCAUAUUGUAUUAAAAAAUUAUCUGUCACACCCACCAACCAGCAUAUUAGAUUAAUGUUGCACCCGUCUUGAUGAUAAAAAUGUGGCGAGAAUCUCAUAUUUAUGUUCAGC